AUGACCCCGGCGCGUCACGACGACUGCACCCCGCCCGAGCCAGCGCCCCGCCUGCCCGCUGCCGCCGCCGGACCGCCUCGCCUCGCCCCGACCCUUGCGCCACCUUGCUCCGACUCCUCUCGUCGGCUUCGACGCCACCUAACCGCCGCCAACCUCGCCCCCAAGCCGCCUCCACAAGUCUCACCGGUGAGGCGGCCUCCUCUCCCGUCCUCCCUUGCUCGCUCGCCCGACAGCGCUCCCGAGCCCGCUCUUGGCCUCCCUCGCCCAGUCGCCGCACCGCUUGGUCCUGCCGGCAUCGCCCGCUCGCGCGCAUGCCUUUGGCCUCGCCCCGCGUCGCCCCUGCUCCUGCUCUACUGCCUUGGCCGCUGCCUCGCCGCCCCUGCCCUGUGCCCGCAGCAUCCCUCCCCUGCGCUGGCCACCGCAACCCUGCGCCCGGCCGGCCGCGCUCGCCUCCCCUGCCUCGCUCGCCCGCCCCUGACCCCGCCACUGGCCACCGCGGCUUGCGCCCCCCUGGCCGCCCGCGCCCGGCACUAG